GUGCUGCCCUGGCUCCCCGGGCUGAGCUGGGCCCGGCCGGCCUCCACACGCGCUGAGGGGUUCAGCGCCCUCAGACACUUGGGGUGGCUGCUGGACGGGAGGGGCCAAAAGCAGCGGGUGCCAGGCCAGCCGAGCAUGGCCACCCAGAUGUUCGAGGGCAGGGGGCAUGCGGCCGUCUACCAGAAAUACAGGUUUGCACCGGGCAAAGAGCUGCAGCAGACCAUCCUCUCCUACCUGCGGGAAAAGAAGGCCAUCCCUGCGGAGCUGGCGGUGGAUGUUGGCUGUGGCUCUGGACAAGGCACCCACUUCCUUGGGGAGCACUUCAAGAAGGUGGUGGGCACGGACAUCAGCGAAGCGCAGAUCCAGGAGGCCAAGGACACCCCCUGCCUGCCCAACAUCUCCUACCUGGUGUGCCCCGCGGAGGAGCUGCCGUUCGCGGAGGCCUCCGUGGACGUGCUGACCUCGUUCACGGCCGCGCACUGGUUCGACAUCGAGCGCUUCGCGCGCGAGGCGCGGCGCGUGCUGCGGCCCGGCGGCUGCGUGGCCAUCAGCACCUACACCCUGGACAUGAGCCUGCGCCACGGGGACUGCUCCCAGCAGCUCACCAGAGUCUUCAGGGAGUGCUGGGACGAGAUUUUAAAAUACUCAAAUAACAGAGUAAAAUAUGUCUUGGAUGACUACAAAACGAUCUUUGAGGCCUUGCCAUUCUCAGACAAGAAGAGAAUCACUGAUAUCUAUGACCCAAUUCCCAUGACUGUCGAGGGUGUGGUUGGUUACAUGGAGUCCACCUCUUCGUACCAAACCUUCAAGAAGAGUGACCCUACAGCUGCAACAUCCCUCCUCCAAGAGACUGAAAAGAGGAUGCUGGAGACAAUGGGAGUUUCCUCUCGUGAGACCCCGGUGGAGUUCUUGGUGAGGCACGUCUGUGUGCUGGGGUGCAAGGCAUGCUGAGAGCAAACCCUGCUCCUGAUCUGGUGCUACAAUCAAGGGGAAGGUGGAUUGCCUCCUAAAGCCCUGCUUGUAACCACUCUUACUCCUUGGGAAGAUUACUGCUGAUUGAAAUUCUGAUCUCCUCUGGGAAGCAGAUGGGGUUUUGUGCCCCUCAGGUUCCUGUCCACCUGGGUCCUGCAGUCUGCCCAGUGCUGCUCCCUGGGCACUGGAAGUGUCCCAUUGUGGAUUGCUGGUUUAGUAACACGUGGGGAAGAGAACCACAGGAACAGCUGAGAAACUCACUGCAUUUCUUACACAAUUAAUAAGAAUUAAAAAGCAAGCUGAGAAAAUGC